AUGGAUCGUCGUUUUGCAUCUCCACGUUCUCCAUGGUUUUCCGCAAACCGACCAUUUUUCGAUGAUUUCGAUUUUGAUCGCCAUUUUACAAGACCGUAUUGGGCAGAUCAAACUAUGUUAACUGGACAUCGUGUUGGAGAUGCUAUUGAUGUAAGUGCAACAAUGAACGCCCACCUCGGUUCAUUUCCCAAAGAUACCAACUUAUGUUAGUGAAAAAAUUUCCCACCUGAGACAGGUCCUAGGUUUUUGAAAAAAAGGUCCAUCUGGAAUUAUUGGGUGGAAAAAAUUUGAGAACAAAUUCUAACUCAUUUCAAAAAUAUGUUGAAUAUUCAGUUCUAGUUUUUGAUCUCCAUUAUAAUUUUAUCAAAAAAUUUUUGAUUCCAGGUAAUCAAUAACGAUCAAGAAUACAAUGUUUCUGUCGAUGUUUCACAAUUUGCUCCAGAAGAACUCAAAGUAAACAUCAUUGAUAAUCAAUUAAUAAUCGAAGGAAAACACGAGGAAAAAACCGACAAAUAUGGGCAAAUCGAGCGUCAUUUCAUCAGAAAAUACAAUCUUCCUCAAGGAGUUCGUCCAGAACAAAUAAAAAGUGAAUUGAGCAAUGCCGGAGUUUUAUCUGUAAAAUACGAAAAAACUGUGGAACCUCAACCAAAAUCGAUUCCAAUCACAAUUGUACCAAAAUAG